AUGUUGGUUCCUCCGGAGAUGAUUGCCGUGCAAUCCAAACUCAUCUAUCAGAUGAACAAAUACUGCGCCGAUCGGGUUCAGGCCCGGAAGGCGCAGAUCCACAAAACCAUCCAGGAAGUCUGUCGGGUGGUUCAGGACGUCCUGAAGGAAGUCGAAGUACAGGAGCCUCGCUUUAUAUCCUCGCUCAACGACUACAACGGCCGAUUCGAUGGGCUGGAAGUGGUUUCACCGACGGAGUUUGAAAUCAUCAUCUACCUCAACCAGAUGGGAGUGCUGAACUUCGUGGACGACGGCACCCUGCCCGGCUGUGCCGUGCUAAAGCUGAGCGAUGGCCGCAAACGGUCGAUGUCGCUCUGGGUGGAAUUCAUAACCGCUUCCGGUUACCUUUCGGCGCGAAAGAUUCGUUCGCGCUUUCAAACGCUGGUCGCCCAGGCGUGCGAUAAGUGUGCCUACCGGGAUUCGGUCAAAAUGAUCGCCGACACCACCGAGGUCAAGCUGCGGAUACGAGAGCGGAUCAUAGUACAAAUUACGCCGGCCUUCAAGUGUGCCGGACUGUGGCCACGGUCCGCCUCGCACUGGCCGCUGCCGCAGAUACCGUGGCCCCAUCCGAACAUCGUGUCCGAAGUCAAAACCGAAGGAUUCGAUAUGCUCUCGAAGGAGUGCAUCGCGCUGCAGGGCAAGAACUCCGCCAUGGAGGGCGACGCGUGGGUGCUUAGUUUUACCGAGGCGGAAAACAAACUGCUUCAAGGCGGCUGCCGGCGGCGGUGUCUCAGCAUACUGAAAACGCUCCGCGAUCGGCACCUGGAUCUGCCCGGCAAUCCCGUUUCGUCGUACGUGAUGAAAACCCUGCUGCUGUACGAGUGCGAGAAGCACCCGCGCGAAAUGGAGUGGGACGAAAACUGUAUGGGCGACCGAAUCAAUGGCAUCUUCCUGCAGCUGAUCUCCUGUUUGCAGUGCCGGCGUUGUCCGCACUACUUCCUACCGAACAUGGACCUGUUCAAGGGCAAAUCGCCCGGGGCGCUGGAGAACGCCUCCAAGCAGGUCUGGCGACUGACUAGGAUAAUGCUCACCAACUCGCGGUGUCUCGAGGAACUGUAA